AUGAUGGAUGAAUUAACAACAUAUGGUGCAAAAACGGAAAAGUUGGAUUUCAACCGAGUGGUCAUUAUCAGCACCUUACCAAUUAAACUGCAAUUUGAAUCACAAGAGCAAUUUAAUCAAACAAUUUUUCGCUUGAUCAAUUUGAAAUUUAAUCUUGGAAAUGACGUCAUCGACCGUAUUAUUCGUUACCCAUUGAUUGAGAGUAUUCCAAAUCAGGAGCUUGGUGUGAAGUGUUUGGUUUCAUUCUAUUCACGAGUGCAUCGAGAUCGUGUUAUCUCGCAAAAAAAUCAGCUUGACCCGCCAACAACGGUUGAUGCAAUCACUGAACCUCCGAAAGAGUUGAGCGGUGAAGCAGAAUUCGAAGCAGUAGCAGCUCCGACAAAUUUUGAAAUGGCUGAUGAAUGUAACAGUAAUCCGACUGAUACUGUUGCUGUUGAUGCCGAUAUCGGAGCUCAGAAUGUUGUAAGUACUGAUGUACCGAUUAUUCCAGUAGCUCCUAUGGCAUCAGAGCAAGAUAAUGUCGCUGUUGCAUGUGGUGAUGCAUCGAGACCGAUAGUCGGCAAAGACGGAAAAACGGUUGGCCUCUUACUUUGCUUGCUGAAGUUAAGAAGCCAUUGA